GUUGUGUCAAGAAAGCAACCAAUGAUCUAACCUCUCCCUGCUGUACCGCCGAUUUCCAAAUAUUAUGGAAAAUGUAGUGUUUUUGUCCUUUUUGCGACGGUCACAAGUUCGGCACUCGGACACGGGCUGGUGGGGGUUGCAUUUUCGGUGGGUGGCGUGUUGGCCAGACGUUCAAUUGUGAAGUGUGAACCCCGAUUCGUGACCAUUGCACAACCACAGCAAGAACGAGGGGCCAUCACCUCCAGAACGUACGCGUUUUGUGAUAACACAGUCUAGUCCAGAAGAGAGGGAAAAAAAUAGAAGUCUGCAUCCCGUGUAACCUCCCCUCACCACUGCACCACUACUGAAAAUUGCUGUUUCACCAAGCCGCGAAAGAAAUAAAGCGAAACGGCGACAAAUGGAUUCCAGUUUCCCACCACCGUUGUGCCAUUAGUUUGCGAAAACCCCGUGGAAAACGUUGCGACUGAUAAGAAAGAACCCGUGCAGGCAGGCAGCAGUAGUGUUGUUGCUCGUGGUGAAGCGAAUAUCGGACCAGCGAAGCGCAGCAACCCUUCCCACCCUUCCCAGGCGCGCAAGGCACACCACAGGUGCAUAAGUGCCGAGCUGGUAGAAGAAACAACCUUCAGCUCAAAGCGAAGGUGCCGAUUAAAAUAGUAACAACAUUCAUACAGGGCCUGUUUGUGCCUCACACCCCCUCGACGGGUGGAGAAAAAGGGUCGGUGCGGGCUUAUCGCCAACCCUCCCCCGGCACACCCCAUUUACAAUCGGGUCGAUUGUAUACGGUGAAGCGUAAAGCAAAACUUUAAAUUAUUCCCGUUCGCUGGCCUGUGUCGCCGACUGUACACCGCAAGAGCCAGCCUGUAGUCACCCAGUGCGACAAUGCAGCGCCAGUGAAACGACGAACACGAUCGCGUAUAGUGUCGUAACAUCCCACCUUACCGCGCGUAGCUGUGUGUAAACCGCCAUCGCUGGACGCCGCCUGACAGGCAGACCAAGGCAAGGCAAAGCGCAAGUGUAAAGGGGCAAACGCGCAACGUCCGUCGCGGUCACACCAUGUUUGCCUCGCUCAAGAACAAAAUCCGCGAAGAGACUGGCAACGAUGUGGCGCCGCUGUCCGUGUCGCGCACGCGACGCAGCCGGCCCGAAUCGCUCACCAGCGCCAGCUCGAUCGACGAGCUGAGCGUGCUCGAGCAGAAGGAGGCCGAGCUGAACGCAACCCGGCUGGAGCUGCAGGAGCUUACCGGUCACCUGAGCAGCUUCCGGGAGCAGGCCCGCCUGCUCGAGGAGGAAGCGGGCCGCCUGAAGCAGUCCAAUAGCGCGCUGGAGGAGAAGCUGCAGGCGACCCAGCUGCAGCGGGAGCUGCAGCGCGAGGAGCAGGACAAGAUACAGAACUGCCAGCAGCAGGAAAUAUCGAAGCUCAAGAGCAUGCUGCUGUUCCGCGAGCAGGAAGCGAUCGAUCGGAUAGCGCACCAGAAGAACGCCGAGCAGCAGGCGGAAAGCCUGCGGCAGGAGGUGAACCGGCUGCGGGAGCUGGAACCGAUGCUGGAAAACGCCCAGGACGAGCUGGAAAGCUUGCGCCACUCGUCGCAGUGCGAGCGAAACAGCCUGACGUCGAAGCUGGCCGCGAUGGAGGAGGCGAACCGGCAUCUGAAAAGCCGCGUCCAGGUGCUGGAGGAUACGCGCGUCUCGCUCGGCCCGAGCAGCGGCGGCAGCGCGGACGAGAAGGUGCAGUGCUUGCUGCAGGAGCGCGACCUGCUCGAGCAGCGGCUCGAGGCGGCCCAUCUGCACCUGUCCGACAUCAAGACGAGCUGGAGCAUCCAGAACAUGACGCUCGAGACGCAGGUAAGCCGGCUGUCGCGCCAGGUCGCGGAAGAAACCACCGAGAAGCGGAACGCGCUCAAGGCGAAGGACGAGCUGACCGAGAAGCUGAAGCAGCUGGAGUUCGAGUUCGAGAAGCUGCGCUCGGAAAUAACGCAACGCGACAAUAAGAUCAAACUGAUGAACGAAGAGAUCGAUGAGCUACAUUCCGCCCUCCGGGAGGCACGUGAACAGCACGAAGAGGAGGUCACGUUCAUGAGCAGCAAAGUAGAACAACUACAAAGCGAAUGCACCGACCUGCGCACGAACCUGGCCGACUCGGAGCAGCGACUGUUGGAGUGCUUGGAGAGUGCGGACCGCUCCACCGGCGCUUAUCAGGGCCAGGUGGCCGAGCUCGAGAACACCGUGCGCGAGUUAAACCGUCAACUGGCCGGCGAAACGCAGGAAAAAAUGGCAGUGCUGAUGAAGAAUGCGGAAAUGUCGCAGCAGGAAGAAAUUUUACGCCAAGAGCUGCGCCACGAAAAAGAUGAAUCGAUCGAGCUGCAUGACCGCGCGAUGAUGCUACAGCACGAACUGGACAAACGCCUAAACACCGUCAAUGAGCUAAGAAAGCAGGUCGAUGAACUCAUGACUACGAAUCUCAAUCUGAAUGCCGAUCUUGUGGACAAGAACAAGAUCAUCAAAACACUGAACCAGCGGCUGGUAGACAUGAAGAAAACGCUGCUGGAAGAGCUGAAGGGUCAGCAGAACGGUAACAACAAUAAUAAUAAUAAUAAUGCAAUAGUGAGCUACAUCGCUGGCAGCCAGCCGGCAACGGCACCACCGGCCCACGACCGAUCGCUGGAACGAUCGAAAAGCUUCGAGGGUAAGGCGCUGGCGAAGGAGAACGGAACGCUGAAGCAAAACGGUACCAACGGUGGUGCUAGCGGCCCGGUAGUGAUGGAUGAAGUGAACUUCCGCUAUCUUAAGCAUGUGAUAAUCAAAUUUCUUACUAGUCGAGAGGUUGAAGCGAGACACUUGAUAAAAGCCGUUUCGACGCUGCUGCAGCUUAGCUACGAGGAGGAGAAGCUGCUGCAGGACACACUGAACUGGAAGAUGAGCUGGUUCGGCGGCAGCCGGCCGGGACAGGUUACGCUACCCACCAGCUAAAGCUCUGCCGCCCACUACCCCGUGCGCAGGUGCACGUGCGGCAAUACGUUCACGCAGAUGCUUCACGCAAUGCAGCCUCCAUGCAGCAUAUCUCCUAUAUACAAUUUGCACCUACUUAUCGGAAUCUUCCAAGCGACAAUUCAGCAGCAGCAGCAGCACCGGAAACUCAACCAACCAACCAAAGCGUAAUCUCUAGAAAGCGUAUGUGUGUCGAUGAGGAGUGUAUUAGGACGGGAUAGUGCAAAGCGACGAUACAUAAUCAAAGGGUUAAGGCAAUUGAUGCGCCAGAAAUUAAGUGAACGAUUUCAUAUGAGUUUAAAGUGAAUGCACAACAAACGCUGCUUAAAUCUCGUACAGAAAACGAUCUCCACAUUUGAUUCGAUGGAUGGGGCAGCUGUGUGGCUGUUUUUCCAUCAUUAAUAUUACCUACAUCUGUUGAAUGCAUUUUUAUUGCAUUAAUUAUGCCAGCAAACAUUCCUGUGGUUGAAACACAACCGUGUACGAGCGAGUGAACGCUUGUUGAAAGAUUAUUCAUAGAUUCCUUAUAUGUUGAUAGGGUUUACCAGGGGUUCUCAUAGUUGUGGAACACUUUUUGACUCUUUCCUAUUGGAAGUAAACUUCAUAUGUUGGAAAUUGGACCCAUUUUUGGCCAGACUCAUUGGAAAUUGCUAUUAGAUUUGACCAACAAUGAAGCUAUAGAGUCCAGUUCGCAUUACAAUAAGUUCAUUUCCCGUAAGAAAGAGUCAAUAAAGUGUCCCACAGCAAUGCGAACUCCUGGAAAACCCUUAUAUAUGCCCUUAGUAUGUGAUUUGCUUCCUUUUUUACCCCCAAAAGGUAAUAAGUAUUUACAAUGCCAUAGUAUUAUAAAGCGGCAGCAGCUUUCUCGUGUGAUUUUAUGAGUGAUUUUUAUCAUUUUUUGUUGGCCAGUUUUUUUUUUGUCUAUAUACAUAUAUAUUAGCUUUUAUAUAUAUUUUUAUACAUUAUUAUGUACUGCUUGUUUUAUUACCCGGAAGCGAGAUGCAGACAAGUUGCACACGAAGGUAUUCCUAGUCCUGGCACCAUGCAGCGAUUGUUGAGGGAUAGAAAAUGUGCAAACAUUUGCGCUAAAGGAGAAAGGGGAUACGUUUAUCCGUGGUCUAUCGAAAGGAGCGUUUUGAUUGAGGAAGGCUUCAUACAGGUUCAUUGUUCAUGUGUGUCUCCCACACAGCCAUUAUUCAUGUUUAUACGAAUUCCAGUAAACCAAUAAAAGCGCUAGGUAAAUUAAAGCAAAUCUCCCACCCAA